ACCAGCAGUCAAGAAUUUUCACACUAGAUCUUGUCUGAAAAGCAUCUUUACCUUGCAAUCUAAAAUCUUGCAGAAAAGAGGAGAGAUCGUGAAGAAACAGAACAGAUAAUUUUCAGUGAAGUGAAGUAGACGAAGAUAAUAUCAUGGCUACUGAAAACAAAUCUAGUAACCCACUCAAGUUGAAAUCUAGCAACAAUCAAGUUAUAUCACCGAAAGGAAAAUCAAUCUUACCUCUUAAAAACACCACCAAGAAAAUCGAGAUUCCAUCAACAAAUAAUAGUAAAAAGAUUGCUGAUUUGAAACAGAAAUCUGCUCUUGCUCUAUCUAAAUUAGCCGAGUUGAAAGGAAAGCAAAUUACCACAACUACUACUACAAAAACAACAACAACAACAUCUUCAUCGAAAUCUAUAGUCAAAAGCAGUGGUGUAAGAAAAAGAUCAGCAAAGAAAGUUUUCACAUUAGCUGGACAGAAAUAUGAUCCCCCUGAAGAGAGAGAACCUUUAAGGAUCUUCUACGAAUCGCUAUCGAAACAGAUACCGUCAAGUGAAAUGGCAGAAUUUUGGAUGAUGGAACACGGAUUGCUAUCUCCUGAAAGAGCAAAGAAAGCGCAUGCCAGGAAGCAAAAGAGGCAGCAGCAAAUCAGGAAUGGAAUUCCAAUAAAGCCUCAAAAACCUGGUCUAAUAAAAUCUCAAAAACCAGCUGAUAGACCAGAGAGCUCAAAUAAGCAACAAAUACACCCAUCAAAAAAUGGUGAUGUGAAAAUGAAGAAAAGGCCGGCGGAUGAUGAUGACGAUUUCCUUUUCAAGCUCAAGAAAUCAAAAGGCUAACUCUUUUGUUUGUAACACUAUACUUAUACAAGUCCCUGGAGUGGAUUGCCAGUGAUAGAAAGUUUAAUCGAUUCUGUAAUUUUUCAGCAUGGAUUGUGAAUGGAAGAAAAUUUCAUUGAAGUACUGAACACAUUCAGUUGUAGGUCAUUUACUUGGAUAUUCUUUGUAAUGUACAAGUCAAUUACACAUUAUGAGAAAUAAGCAAAACAGCUUUCGGGUUCC